GAUCAUGUGACGUCCCUUCUUCUACGCACAAACAAGCUUCUUCCAUGGCGACCUUCACAUUUACUCCCCAUAUCGGCAGGCUCCCAACGCCGCCGUCUCACUCAUUUCCCACCACUUCUUCAAAACGCAAACUCAAAUUCAAUUCCGUCGCCACCACCACCAGAGCCUCCCUUCAAACUUCCCCUCCGACACUCUCCGACCCCUUUGUUCUUCAACUCGCCGAAACUCUCGAAGACUCACUCCCUUCUUCUUCAUCACCCUUUCCCCUCCACAAACUCAGAGAAUCUUCAUCGGAGUCUCUUCUUUCUACUCCAUGGCCCUCUCGCAGAGACGAACCCUUCCGUUUCACCGAUGUUUCUUUCAUAAAACAGUCCCAAAUCCACCCAAUCUCGAAUCCCCCGCAAUCUUCUGACCUAUCGAGCAUCCCUUUAGAAACCCAAUUCACCAAUGUUGUAAUUGUUGAUGGUCAUUUUGUCAAAUCGGUUUCCAAUUUGACUGAAUUGCCAAAUGGGGUUUACGUGGGUAGCUUGAUUGAUCUCCCUUCUGAAAGUAUCGCGAAGAGGGUAUCUGAUUUUGUUGAUCGGAAGUUCGUGGGGGACUUGUUUUGGGCCAUUAAUGGCGUUGGAGCUCCAGAUUUGACGGUGGUGUAUGUCCCGGCGGGGUGUAAAGUGGAGAAUCCAAUCCAUUUGAGGUACUUUUCGAUUCAUGGGGGCGAGGAGGGGUCGAAUGAAUUGGCUAUUUCGAAUCCUAGAGUGUUGGUUAUGGUGGAAAAUGGUGGGGAGAUUGAAAUCAUUGAAGAGUUCUUGAGUGGGGAUCAGGGUAGGUCUUAUUGGGCAAAUCCUGUUUUGGAUGUGGUGAUUGGAAGUGAAGGAAGGGUUAAACAUUCUUAUAUUCAGAAUCAGUCUUUGAAUGCUGCUCAUAUCAAAUGGACUUCUGUUCAGCAGGAAUCAACCAGUGCUUACGAGCUUGUGGAGAUUAGCACUGGCGGAAGAUUGAGUCGACACAAUGUCCAUAUCCAGCAAUUGGGACCAGAGACUACGACAGAAUUAUCAACACUGCACUUAUCAGUUGGCAAUCAAACACAAGAUCUACACAGUAGCCUAGUGCUCGACCACCCACGCGGAUAUUCUCGACAACUUCAUAAAUGUAUCGUCGCCAAUCCCCAAGGACAAGCUGUAUUUGAUGGUAACGUAAAGGUCAACAGAUAUGCACAGCAAACAGACGCAGGACAACUAACAAGGAGUCUUCUUCUAGAACCUCGAGCGACUGUGAACGUCAAACCGAAUCUUCAAAUCAUUGCCGAUGAUGUCAAGUGUUCGCAUGGAGCUGCUAUAAGUGACCUGGAGGAAACCCAACUCUUCUAUUUUCAGGCUCGUGGCAUCGAUUUGAAGACAGCAAGGAAGGCUCUGAUAUUUUCUUUCGGAUCCGAGGUGAUCGAACGCUUGCCUUCCAGUUCCGUUCGCAAGAGAGUCGAGCAUCAUAUAAAAGAAUUGUUGAACCCCACACUUGAAACAUCCCCACACUGACCACAGGCCUUGAAAAUCAAGCAUUUUUAGUUUCAAGUAAGUAUUAUAAUCCCACCUUAUCCUCCAUUUGUAGCUGUGAUGAUAUCAUAUUUAUUGUCCCAAAUAAAUCCUUGUUUUUUUUAA